AGAUAAUAAUUUGGAAAGAAAAAGUCUGCUUCAUUUCACGGAUGUAUAUUCAAAAGGUGGAAAGCAAAAGGAAAAAAGCUAUCUGUUCUUUAAUCGGGCAACGCGAAGAAACCCAUUUGUGUUUUGCCUUUGGCUUCACGGUUUUCACACUCUCUUCUCGAACUCUCUUCCACAAGGAAGGAAACAAAUCCUCCCUUUACAUUCAGGAAGGGAGUAACAGAAGAGGGUUGUUAUUGAACACAAUCAUGGCUGCAAGUACUAAAGACUCAAGCUCCAGUUCAAGUUCAACAACAGAGGGUGCUCUUGCUACUAAAAUCAAAGGAGUGCCCACACAUGGGGGUCGCUAUGUUCAAUAUAAUGUGUGUGGUAACUUGUUCGAGGUCUCCAGUAAGUACGUCCCUCCCAUUCGCCCCAUCGGCCGUGGUUCUUGUGGCAUUGUUUGUGCUGCUGUGAAUUCAGAGACACGCGAGGAAGUUGCCAUUAAGAAGAUUGGAAAUGCAUUUGACAACAGAAUAGACGCCAAAAGAACAUUGAGAGAUAUUAAGCUUCUUCGCCACAUGGACCAUGAAAAUGUUAUUGCUAUCAGGGACAUUAUACGACCACCAAAAAAGGAGGCUUUCAAUGAUGUGUAUAUUGUUUAUGAAUUAAUGGACACUGAUCUUCAUCACUUUAUUCAUUCAGAUCAACCGCUGACUUAUGAUCACUGUCAGUAUUUAUUGUAUCAGUUGUUACGAGGACUGAAAUACGUGCAUUCAGCCAAUGCCCUGCAUCGUGAUCUUAAGCCCAGCAAUUUGCUUCUCAAUGCAAAAUUUGAUCUCAAAAUUGGAGACUUUGGAUUGGCAAGGACAACAUCUGAAACAGAUUUCAUGACUGAGUAUGUUGUCACUCGUUGGUACCGAGCACCAGAGUUGCUCCUUAAUUGUUCUGAGUACACUGCUGCAAUUGAUAUUUGGUCUGUUGGUUGCAUCCUCGGUGAAAUUACGACCAGAGAACCUUUGUUUCCUGGGAAAGAUUAUGUUCAUCAACUGAGGCUUAUUACUGAGUUAAUAGGUUCACCUGAUGACGCCAGCCUUGGUUUUCUCCGAAGUAAUAAUGCCCGAAGAUAUUUUAGACAGCUUCCAAAAUACAGAAAGCAGAAUUUCUCUGUUAGGUUUCCUAAUUUGUCUCCUGGGGCUGCUGAUCUGCUGGAAAAAAUGCUUGUUUUUGAUCCCAGCAAGCGCAUUACAGUUGAUGAGGCACUUUGUCACCCAUACUUGUCAUCCCUUCAUGAUAUCUAUGAUGAGCCUGUCUGUCCCAGGCCUUUUCAUUUUGAUUUUGAGCACCCAUCAUGUACUGAAGAGCACAUCAAGGAGCUCAUCUGGAGGGAAUCAUUGGAGUUCAAUCCAGAUCCUCCAGCACAUUAGGAGAAAAUGAAUAUGCUGUAGAAAUACAUUGGGAAUUGGGAUAAUUUCUCUCCCUUGAAUACACAAUUGUCCACCAACAUUUCCUGGGAGUACUUGAACUUGGCAUUCCACGACUAUGAAAGACAAAGUCGCCCAAUGUUCUAGAUACCUAUGCAUAUCUUCUUCAGGGAUUUGGAUGCUUUUAGUUUUAUGUUAAUACGUUAAGUGCAAAUCUCCUGUAAGUACUAGUAGUUGGGAGUUUUAAGAUAUGAGCUCAUCAAAGAUUGAGCAUAUUGUGUUCCUUAUGGAUCUAAUUUUCCAUAUCUAUGUAUCUAUAUAGAUAUAAUAAAGUUGGUCUCUAAUAAAUAUAACUUACUAAAAUUUUCUAAUAAAUUUAUCUAAACUAUUUAACUCUUUA